UGCAAAAGGGAUCGAAUCUCGAUUUAUUGUGAUACGACCUCAUACCUGCGAACAAACCCUUAAAUUUUGUAAUUUCAAAUAUUAACCUAGGACUUCGUUGGUCGACUGUUUCAGCAAAUAUCCAACAUCAGCCAAAAUCACGUGCGCCGGUAACCCCUCAAUUGAUAGGCGCCCUUAUUGGCCCUGACAGCAGCCCUCCCGCUCACGGACGCCGCUCGUUCUCCAGUCUUACUUCAGCUCUACGCGCGGCUCGAUUUGACGCUAUUCAAGACAACAAGCGUCCUUCGGGGUAGUCUCUGAUUCAUACCCGUUGCGAUACCCCUUUUGCGGACCAAUACCACGUCGAUACCCUGUCACAGAGCCCCUCCAACCAACACAUAAGCCGCCAUCCUCAAAGUGCUGGCGAUCCCUACACUCUCGCUGCCCAAUCCACACCUCGACACAAGAGACGACAACAGCUUCUCACGACUACCCACGAUCGUUACCAAUAUCGAUAUCCGCAAACUAAAUCACUUUAGCCUGUACAAACUUGUCCCAGCUCGAAAUAUUUGGUAGCUUAGCUAAGACAACAACUGCGGCUUUGAGCGACAUCUCCAGCACUGAGCACAUUUCUUAGACGAUAUCCAAGACCAACAGAAGCUCAAACAAUACUUUAUUUGUGCGACUUACAAACAUUUCAAUACAUACCUCAUGCAGGACCAAAUGCCAACGGCAGGGACGGCUCCCCAAGUCUCAUCCCCAUCGCCUGCUCAUUACCAGCCAGCUCUUUCUCAGUUGCCGGCCUCACUAUCAAUAUCUCGACCAAAUUAUCCUUCUAUCAGUCCCCAACAGUCGCAUCAGGAAGCUCCAUACAUGUCUGCUCCAGCUCCACUUCUCCGUCCUCCGAUCCCCGGCUCCCGCAAUACCACCGGUCGACCUCCUCGACUAGGCCUCGCCAUCCCUCCGUCACCCAAUGCACGCCCUGUGAACUCUAUGCCCGACCUCUCCUCGCUCUCUCUCAAAACCCCAGCUCUUUCCCUCCAAACCUCGUCACCACAACCGCCCACUGCUCGACCCACUGGCCGCCCUGGUCUCCCUAAAUUGCAGCUCGCUACCCCAAAGGGAAGCUUGCAGACACAGUCCUACGAUGUCUCAUUAAAGAAUGGUCGGCCCAGCGCAAUACAAGGGGCUUCGGCGAGCGGUGGGUCAGAGAGCAGUGCUGCACAUUCCAGGUCUGGAAGCUUCGGGCCGCUUGACGGCAAGGCGAGCGGACCGACGAGCGCUGGGAGCCAGUACUCUGCACUGAGCUUCGCGAGCCAGUAUGGGAUGCUCAACCAGCCGAAGGGGACGCCCGACCCAGCGUCAGCAGCAGGGUCGUCGUAUUCUAAUGCUAGUGAGGGCGGGGUUGGGAUGGAGAGGGACGGGAGCAUGGGUGGGCUGCCUGAGUAUGACCAGGCAACUUUGGAGAGGGCAAGGACACUCGAUGUGGAGAGUUUAGAGGAUGAGGGGUGGCGUAUUGCCCAUAUGGAGAAGAGGGUUAUUGAGCUGGGCAGUUUGGGAGAGGGAGCUGGUGGCGCUGUAACGCGAUGUAUUCUGAAGGGUGGCAAGACGGUCUUUGCAUUGAAGAUCAUCACAACCAACCCCGACCCCGAUGUCAAGAAGCAGAUCCUCCGCGAGCUCUCAUUCAACAAAGAAUGUGCCUCCCAACACAUCUGCGCCUACUACGGCGCCUUCGUCGAGCCCUCCACAGCCACCAUAUGCAUCGCCAUGGAAUUCUGCGAGGGCGGGUCCCUCGACUCCAUCUACCGCGAGAUGCGGCGCCUGGGCGGCCGCACCGGCGAAAAAGUGCUCGGCAAGAUCGCCGAGGGCGUCCUGAACGGGCUCACCUACCUCCACGGCAAGAAGAUCAUCCACCGCGACAUCAAGCCCAGCAACAUCCUCCUCUGCCGCAACGGCAUGGUGAAGCUGUGCGACUUCGGCGUCAGCGGCGAGUUCGGCACCAAGGGCGUCGCGGACACAUUCAUCGGGACGUCGUAUUACAUGGCGCCCGAGCGCAUCACGGGGCAGAGCUACACGAUCACAAGCGAUGUGUGGAGUACGGGCGUGACGCUGUUGGAGGUCGCGCAGCAUAGGUUCCCGUUCCCGGCGGAUGCGCCGGAGGGGGCGGAGAUGCAGCCGAGGGCGGGGCCGAUCGAUUUGCUGACGUAUAUUGUUAGUCAGGCGAUUCCGAAGUUGAGGGAUGAGCCGGCGAGGGGGAUUGAGUGGAGUGAUAAUAUGAAGUAUUUCAUUGAGUGCUGCCUUGAGAAGGAUCCCAAUCGCCGCGCGAGCCCUUGGCGCAUGCUGGAGCACCCGUGGAUGAUCGACAUGAAGAGCAAGAGGGUGAAUAUGGGCCACUUCCUCGCCACAGUGUGGGGCUGGGGCGAGAAGUAGGUAGAGGUUGGACAAGACAGCACAGCACGCACAGUUGACGGGGAUGGGCGAGGUGGGAAUGAGGGACAACGCGCAGGCACGGAGUUCACAGGGCGUGGGGGAACGCUUUUUAACGAUUUUUACGAGAUGAAUGGAUGGAUGGAUGGAGGGAGGAGGAGAUGGGGCAUAAUGAGAACAACUUUUUUGUUGAAACACAUCUACGGUCGUGUUACCGGAAUGGGGGGCAUGGGAUAUAUAAAAAUGAACCAUUAUCAGCA